AUGUUUCUUCGCUCCGUCCUGCUGGGCGCCACCGCCCUGAGUGCAAGCGUCAGCGCCAUGCUGGUCAUCCCCGAGAUGGAAUCCCAGGUAGAGCCUGUGGAAGACGGGUUCAUGAAUGUGCAUCCCAUGCUCAUCCAGGAGACACAGCAUGCGCUGAUCGACCUGCCCUGCACCGAGUGCCCUUUCCGCCAGAUGGCGGACAACGGCGAACUCAGCUGGACUGAUGGCCACUCUUCAUCUCUGAUUCUGGACUUUUCGAUCGAAGACAACACUUUGCUGGCCAACGGUCGCCAGAUCUUCCCGCCCGUUCCGCCCAGCCCCAUCAUCGCCGCCCAGGAGCGUGACGAUGGCGAGUUGAGCGCCCCGGUCACGAUUGGAUACGCUCUAGAGGUGAUGCCGGUGGCCAGCACAUCCGACAAGGAGGCGUUCGAGCUUCUCGAUGUCCGUUUCACCGUCCUCGAUCUGGAAAUGCUCCCCGUCCCCCUCGACACAGUGGCGAUCGCUCUCAUCGUGGGCCCCGAUGGCAAUCUGUACAUCGCCCGAACUGAGACCGAAAGGACCACUACCGAGUCCAAGCAGUUGUCCUGGAAGCAGUGCAACGGCAAGCCCAAGUGCCUACAAGCACUCCUGGUUUCCCGCGUGCGGGGUCUGCUGGCAGCGGCCAGGGAGCGCGUCAUGGGCCUGGCCGCUACCUCGAAGAUGUCCAACCCCAAGGACUGCGCCAAGGCCAAGCACAUGAAGGGCAAGCACCGUGGCCACCACAAGGGCGAUAAGGUGGGCCGUCCUCACCGCCACCACAUGCACCGCCCUCACCCCGGUGCCUUCUCUCGCACCUUCUCCCGGGUGGUUCACUUCAUCGUUAUCCCGGCCAUCCUGGGUGUCUUGGCUGGCCUGACUGCCAGCGCCGUCGGCAUGCUGGUCGGACAGGUCGUAGUCUUUGUCUGGCAGCGCUUCCGCGGAACCCAGCCACAAGAGCACAAGGCCGCAUGGGAGCAGGGUGAUGCGUGCGAGAAGCAGGGUCUCAUGACCGAGUCCGCUGAGGAUGAGCUCCCUGAGUAUACUGAGGAUGAGGCUCGGGGAUCCAUGGACAAGAACUAA